AGCGGGACCCAAGAGGGAGAAAAGAGCGGAAUCGAGAAGGGAAGAACAUUCUGUAACUUACCGAUAUUCCUAUUCGUCGCACUCAGCAGGAGCCGCUAUAAGGGAAAGUACGUUUUUAUUGGGGGGCGGGGGUGGGCCGGGGUAUUUUAGAUUUUUUUUGCGAAAAAAGUCGUGGCCCUCCCACUUCCUAGAAUGGAUUAAUGCAAUGAACCUUCGGAAAUACCCAAACAAAAACAUCUGACCCCGCCCCCCCACUACCUAUCCAAGACAAAAAUAACCGGAAGUGAAAAUAACAAACUGGAAGUGUUACUCAUAUAACAGGGUUCAUCUGCGCACAAAGUAGUUGAUUGUGUGGCGUGUGAUUGUAUAGUGAAAACUUGAAAAUGGGCAAGGAUGUACGAGGAAUAGAAAGAGGGAAAUAUGCUUGUGGUGAACGCGAGUAUUUAAUGAGGUCAGAUGGAGCCACUUGUGGCUAUUGUGGCUGUUUGCCGACUCGCCAUUCUAAAAAGAAUGCCCGCUAUUCCUCUGACUCUGUUGGUGGCACAUCGGCUGCGGGAACAAGUGAAAGCACAAGUCCAGAGAAGUGGAAAGAGACCGAGGGUAGCUUAAGUGAAGAAUCCUCACCGUAA